AUCUUGAUUUGCGUCUACUGGACGGACACUUUGUACAGAGAGAACCUCUUUGUAUAUCCCUCGUAUACAUGGUACAUGCUUUGGUACAGGCUGCCUGUUUUAUCGGCAAGUCACGAGCAGAUUCAGAAUAACUGGAAGAGGUCGCGCUUUUGUGUGGUUUCGAAGGGUCGAGUUGCAUCGUACUUGUAUCGAAUCAAGUAGUGGAUAAAUAGUUGAAUAGUGCGUAGUGGGUACCGACGCGGGGUUUGGAUAAUCUUAGGAAAUAACAAUUUAUUUCCUACGUUAUUUUUCAGAGAUAUACGUGUAGGAUACCAGGCCACUGAUCCUAAGAAUCAUGUCUGGAGAAAAAACUGAAUUUGAUUGGGGAAACGAAAAACUACAACGGGCUCAGAAAACUGUCGAAGAAUCGCCGUACGACUUAGAAGCAUGGAGUAUAUUGAUUAGGGAGGCGCAAAACAGACCGAUCACCGAAGUGAGAUCCGUAUUUGAAAAACUUGUCAACGUGUUCCCAUCAGCUGGUCGUUACUGGAAAAUAUACAUUGAGCAAGAGAUGAAAAUGCGCAACUUUGAGAAGGUGGAAAAGCUCUUCCAAAGAUGUCUUAUGAAAAUCUUAAAUAUUGAGUUGUGGAAACUCUAUCUUUCUUACGUCAAAGAAACAAAAGCAAGCCUUGCUUCGUACAAGGAGAAAAUGGCACAGGCGUAUGAUUUUGCAUUGGAUAAAAUUGGCAUGGAUAUCCAUUCUUACAGUAUUUGGAACGAUUAUGUCACCUUUUUGAAAAGUGUUGAAGCUGUCGGUUCUUACGCAGAAAAUCAAAAGAUUAGUGCUGUGCGAAAGGUAUAUCAACGCGGUGUUAUAAAUCCAAUGAUUAAUAUGGAACAGUUAUGGAAAGAUUAUAUGGCAUUUGAACAAAACAUCAAUCCCAUAAUUGCUGAAAAAAUGGCUAUUGAAAGGUCUAGAGACUACAUGAAUGCGAGACGAGUGGCUAAGGAGCUGGAAGCAGUAACAAGGGGCUUAAAUAGAAGUGCCCCUAGUGUUCCACCAACGGGUCACUCUGAAGAAGUUAAACAGGUUGAAUUGUGGAAAAAGUACAUUGCCUGGGAGCGCAGCAAUCCAUUGCGAACAGAGGAUACGUCGCUUGUUGCUCGCCGUGUGAUGUUUGCGAUUGAGCAGUGCCUUCUCUGUCUUGGGCAUCAUCCUGCGGUCUGGCAUCAAGCUGCACACUUUUUAGAGCUGAGCUCAAAGAUACUAACUGAGAAGGGUGACGUGAAUGCAGCUAAAAAUCUGAGCGACGAGGCUGCAACAAUGUUCGAAAGAGCGACAAAUACUCUACUUUCGAAAAAUAUGCUGCUUUAUUUUGCUCAUGCUGAUUUUGAAGAAGGACGAGUCAAGUAUGAAAAAGUCCAUCAAAUCUAUCAGAAGUUCCUAGAUAUCCCAGACAUCGAUCCAACUCUGGCGUACGUCCAAUACAUGAAAUUUGCAAGACGUGCUGAAGGGAUCAAAUCAGCCAGGAUAGUUUUCAAAAGAGCUAGAGAAGAUGCUAGAUGUGCACAUCAGGUUUACGUUGCCGCCGCGUUGAUGGAAUAUUACUGCACCAAAGAUAAAAAUAUAGCUUUUAGAAUCUUUGAAUUAGGCCUAAAAAAAUUCAGCGAUAAUCCUGAAUACAUCUUGUGCUACAUAGAUUAUCUCUCUCAUUUAAAUGAGGACAAUAAUACGAGAGUACUUUUUGAGAGGGUAUUAUCGUCAGGUAGUUUAGAGCCAGAAAAAUCUGUUGAUAUUUGGAAUAGAUUUCUCGAGUUUGAAUCUAACAUUGGUGACUUGGCCAGUAUCGUAAAAGUUGAAAAGCGGCGAAGUGCAGUAUUAGAAAAGAUAAAAGAAUUUGAAGGUAAGGAGACUGCUCAGCUGGUAGACAGGUAUAAGUUCCUCAAUCUCUAUCCUUGUACACCAAUAGAAUUGAAAUCUAUCGGUUACAUGGAGGUGUCCAACGUAGUAAGGAAUAAUUCUGGCAUAACACCUAGGGUAACCGACCCUGAAGAGUCCAUGGCAUCUCUGCCAAGACCAGAUUUGUCACAAAUGAUACCUUAUAAACCAAAAGUAAACGCCCUGGCGGGUGAACAUCCAGUACCAGGCGGUACUUUCCCGUUACCUCCAGCUGCUGCUCAACUAUGUACAAUGCUUCCGCCGCCUGGAUGCUUCCGAGGACCAUUUGUUGCAGUCGAUUUGCUUGUCGACGUUUUCAGUAGAAUCCAAUUACCGGAGCAUGCUCCACUUCCUGUAGCAGACAAUGGAUGCGAUACCAAGCUUUUUGAUCUUGCAAAGUCUGUGCACUGGAUAGUCGAUGAGAGUAACGACGGUACACAGAUUGGAUCGAAACGUCGAAGAACUCGUUUGGGUGGUGAUGAUAGCGAAGAUGACGAUCUGCCGCCUCCACCAGCGAAUGAUAUUUAUCGUCAAAGACAGCAAAAGCGAGUGAAAUGAGUAGAAGUAAUUUGGUAAAUAUUCUAUGAAUUAUACUAGGAUAUGAUCUCUGAACAACCGUGAUCAAUUGAGAGCGAGACAAGUACCGAUGAUUGACGAAGCACAAGCUUGAAUGUCACACAUUCAUAUUUUUAACAAAUAUACGUAGAAUUUCGAUCCAACAACUAUACUGAAGUGACUGUAAUGUUCAAUUGCUGUUUUAUUAAGAAAACGUCAUUGAAAAAAACAUUUCUACACGGUUUUAUACUAAAUACAUAAGUAACUGGACUGACACAAUGUAUAAAGUCAUUGAAUUUCUCAAUAUGAUUUAUUAUUUUUGAAAUCAUCGAAUCCAAUGGCCAUCUAUCAGGUUCAUUUAUUUUAAAUUACCUAUUUUUUUUCAAUCUUCAAGUUCGAAGAAAAAACUGUUUAUUAACCAUUCAUCAUCUCGAUUGUUGACAAUUUAUCUAUUUUCUCCAGUUCUUGCAUAUUUAAGUUGUUGUUCCAACAGACAAUGAAAACAUUCCAAAUGGCUCCUCAUUGCCUGAUGGCUGGUUGUAUAGUUUUAGUUCUCACAAAUUGUUCGUGGUUUAUUCAAAACAGACUCCGUACUAGAAUUUUCGAUCAUAAAUUAAGCAUAAAUUACGCAUACGUUCGCUUUAUGCCUUCUGAUUUGUAAACCUGAUUUAUCAAUAAGCUUAGAUCGUAAAAACUUGUGAAGUUUUCUAGAUUUAGAAUUCUUUGUCUACUCCGGGCGUGUUGUACCAUAUUAUUUCAACCUCAUUUUUUCAGGGUACAGCUAAAGAUAUUUAAAAUACUUAGAAAAUUCUGACAGAAUCAGUUUCAUCGGAGAAUUUUGUUGGUUUCGCAAUGGACGUGAAUCUAUUAUGGUUCCACAGAUAGACUUUAAACAAUCAAGUUAUGGCCCACUUGACGAUAGGCAUAUUCAUGUAACGAAAGGAAUAUGUAUUUAAUCUCGCUUACUGGGUAUAUCAAAUCAUACAGUGGGUAGCAUUAUCGCGUAAUGAUAUGUCGUUGAUCAUACAUAAUGUGAAUUCGCAAGAUAACUCAUGUUUUCAUGAGUAUUACAUUAUACAUUGAAAAAAAUAGAAACUCUAAUGUGCUUAUCGAAUGCACUGUAUACCAGUAGUGCACAAAAAAGAAAUUCUACGCUUCCUGGAAUCGAACAGCGAGAUCACUGUAUAUACUUUUUUUUUAAGAAUUAGAGUUAAACUCUACCAAACUCGGAUUACGCGGUCUCCUUAAGUUUCAUAAACGUUGUAAUUUAGUUAUACAUUUAUAUUGAUAAUAUCUACAAUAUUCACUACAAAUAAAAAAACUUUAAUU